CAAAAAGAUAAAGUAUAACAAUAUCUAAAAUGUUAUGACUUCCGUGUUGUCUGAGUUAUAGUAAGGGGCUUUUAAAAGACGACGUCACCCCUUCAACAUCAUGAAUGCAGUAAGCACACAAUAUCGAGUACGUGUAUGUUCUAAUUGCCCGGGAGACGCAGAAUACUUGUGUGAAUCAUGCCCUAGUGACCUUUGUUCCCAGUGUAGUGAAAACCAUGUGAACAAUCUGAAAACAAUUGAUCAUAAUGUGACGCUUCGUAAAAAAUAUCACUAUAUUCUAAAACAUGAGUUAUGUAUUACACAUCCAGGGAAAGAUAGCAUAAAUGACUGUGAACCUUGCGAAGAUCCUGUCGGUUAUUGUUGCAAAAAACAUAAAAGUCACCAACAGAUUGUUGUCCAAAACAUGAUUCAGACAAUCAGAAUUGAGACACUCUUUUUAAGACAUAUGCUUCUGGAAAGAAUCAAAACUAAGAUGAAAGAUGUCCCGACACAUUUCUCAUUCUAUCAGUCAGAGCUGUUAACAAAGGCCCAGACACUGAAGAAUGUUAUUGAUUAUGUGCUAUAUGAUGGUUUAAAACACAGGUGUUUAAAACAGAAAUUUAAAUUGAGGAGACAUCUUGCCAGAAUACAAAGAUAUAUAUCCAGAAAUGAACAAUCAGCUAUCAGUCCAGUGAUAUCCAUUCAAUCCUGGAAGAAUUAUGUUAUACCUGAGAAACAUUUUUCACUUCACACCAACCAGUUUUCCAUGACUGCGCUAUAUAACAAAAAAAAUGUGGUGGAUUCACUGUGUAAAAUAUAUUCAAAGGGAAGAAAACUAUGCAUACGAAAUGAGCAUUUGCUGAAACUGAUGCCAAUUCCUGAGUUUCAUCAAUCUUUUACACUAACAAAUGAAGAUCGAUGCAAUCACAUAACAUUUGUGACAAAAGAAAAAAUCUGCGUCAGUGAUAAAAAAGACAUCAGGUUGACUAACGCAACAGGUAACACUCUGCGGGAUAUUGAAGACAUGUGUAGUCACGAUUUUAAAGGUAAUGGAAUACAUACAGUAAAUAGACAUGGUGAAUUGAUUUAUAUUGAUGAUAAGUAUAACAUCAAUAAACUGUCAAAAAAUAUGAAAACAGUUACAACAUUUAUACAACGAACCGAUGAAAAACUUUUUCCACAGUGUGUAUAUUGCUCUCCGCUCACUGGGGAUCUUCUUGUCGUAGUUCUUAUAUUGAGUACAAAUUCUGCUAUGUUAUCCGGUGUUAAACGAUACAACCAGAGCGGACAACUGACACAAACAAUACAACAAAACAACAAAAAAAUGGCACAAUUUCAAAGACCGGAAUUUAUAACAGAGAACAACAAUGGGGAUGUUAUUGUGUCUGACGCGGUUGCGGUAGUUGUGACAGAUCGUGAAGGAACACACCGUUUCUCAUACACAGGACCUUCAUCCGUUCGUCAUCGGCUGAUGCCAAACGGAAUAUGUACAGACGCGCUGUCACACAUCUUGGUGUGUUAUGGAGGUGCACAGACAGUGCAUAUGAUAGACAAAGACGGUUAUUUCCUGUCCUAUCUAUUGAGAAGACCAUCGGGAAUAUUUUAUCCAAGUAGCAUUAGUUAUGAUGUCAACACUCACCGCAUCUGGGUCGGAUCAGAGUACAACAACAAAAUAUGUGUCUUCAGAUAUAUAACCAGAAAAGACGUACAAACUGAUCCAAAUAAAAGCACAAACGAAGUGGCAGAGCCCAUAAAUGCAGUUGAAAUCAUUGACACAUGUGAUAAUGGCACUGAACGUAAGAUGAAACUUAUUUUUCAACCAAAGUUAAUUCAAUCUCUUGAAGUGAAAAACAUGCCUGUUGACCACAUUUCCUUCUUAGCAUCAGAUCGGAUUUGGGUCACAGGUACAUGCACAUUUUUAUUGAUGAAAACCAAAGAUAAACCCUUACAUCAUCAAAAGAAUUUACAUUUGGAACCUUUCGGAUUUUAUAGUGGAAGACACGCAGAGAAUGAUGACAAUGAGCUAUUUUAUAUACACAAUAAAAAUAACAACAUCUACAAACUAUCUAAGGACAAGAAAAGCACACUAUUCAUUAUGAAAAACUCCUCAUGGGAAUACCAGUGUGUUUACUGGUCCAUGAUUACUAAUGAUCUAUUGGUUGGGAUGUAUCGAAAAGAUAAACAGACAGGCUUAGUUUCCCGAUACAACAAGAGCGGACAACGGACACAAACAAUAGAGCAGGACAGCACUGGACUAGAGCUCUAUUGUAAGCCAUAUUACAUAACGGAAAACCACAAUGGGGAUGUUGUUGUUUCUGACGUUGGAUUGCAUACGUUUGGUGCUAUAGUGGUGGCGGAUCAUGAAGGUAAACAUCGUUUCUCCUACCAGCCAGAAUCAGUAUUUCAGCCACUUGGAAUCUGUACUAACUCAAUGUCCCACAUCCUAGUGUGUGAUACACUUAAUCGCUCGAUACAAUUAUUACACAAAGACGGUCAGUUCUUGUGCUAUCUUGAAAUAGAAGGACAUCUUUUAUUUUUUCCAUACUUUAGUUAUGAUGUCCUAUUUAAUUGUCUCGAGGUCAUACCUAAAGACAAUGAUAUAUUUUUCAAGUAUAGAAAUAUGAAUAGUAAUGAAGAACCUGACCUGUGUAUGUCCAGACAGUAGUAUACUCUUUUAUCAAUUUAGCUGUGUUGGUAAAAAGCUGAAAAAAUUCAAAUUACAGCAAACUGGACAUUAGAUUUCAAAAUAAAAUGAAUCAAAGGUGUAGUAUGUAAAUUAUUUUUUUUUUUAGAUAUAUCUAGCUAUUUACCUUUAGACACUAGUUCAAUCACUUAAAAAAGUUGGGAAGAGAAUUUAUAAAUGAAACUUUUGAAAAUUAAUAAAUAAAAGUUAACAUAUAAACCAUGUGUAGUACAUGUGUAUGAACAUAUUUAGCAGUUAUUUUGAAAUUUUUUUAAACAAUUUGCUUACAGAAAGAUAUAUUAAAAAAUAGCUAACGUUAAUAUAAUUGUUUAUUCUUUGGUAGACCGCAAUUGCCUCGAACAAUACUAGAGUUGUCCGUGGACAAGCCUAAAUUUAAAUACAAGUAGUGUUAUGUAUAUUUCUUUAAGCAUAUUUACAACCCUUUUCCACAUUAGAAUUUAAAAAAUUGUAAAAUGUUAUACUAUGUUUAAACUAAAAUUACAAAUACAACUCCGUUAUUAGACGUCGGUGACCCAGAGCAAGGCGGAUUUUUUUUUAUAGAAUAUGUUACUUAUCAUUCAAAACAUUCCAUUUGUACUCCAUGUCUAAAAAAUUGACGUUUUCGGAAAACUCGGAGCAGCGAGCGGUAAUAAUAUGCGAGAGCAUCAAAAAAACUCUUACAGUGACGCAACAAUCGAUAAAACAGACGUAAACCGUUCCUAAAUAUUCAAGUGGCACACAAGAUUUUCAGACGGAAAGGAAAAUGUAAUGGAUAACGACCAUUAUUUCGAAAUUAUGGAGCCGUGAAAAAUGAAGUUCGGGACAUUAUUGAAAGUGAUAGCCGACUAACAGUGUGUAAAGUUGCAGAAAAAUACGGAGAUUCAAAGACCACGAUACAUGACGUUUUAACCCAAGAUUUGAAUAUAAGUCGUGUCUGUGCACGAUAGGAUCCAAUAAUUUUGACUUGUGAAACGGAGAGAAGAAUUUCUAAGACAGUUUAUUACAAAAAUGGCAAAGGCGGUAGAAAUUUUGUUCAGGAUUGUUACAACUGAUGAAAAUUGGUUCCAAUGCUAUGAUCCCGAAACAAAACAUCAGUCCAGCCAAUGGAAUGUAACUAAAAAGUGUGUAAUUCAAAUACAGACUAGAAACUAAUUGCCAAGCAAGUUGAUUUUAAAAUAAAUGAUAAUCGAGAAAAUCAACUCCCGUCAGUACUUCAGUACUUUGAUUAUGGACCGUAAGGGAUUAUUCUUAAACAUGCAGUAUUCAAUGGCCAGAAAGUAAAUUCCGAUUGCAAGGUUCUGAGGAGGGAUCUGAUACUGGCUCUCAAAAAGAAACACCCAUACCUAGCGGAUCAUUCGGAUAAUUUGUAAUUUCACCAAGAUACAUCUCAGAAAACAGUUAGCAAUCAAUUUACUUUGGUUCAAGUGCCUCAGCAUCCUCCAUACAGCCCUGACCUGGCUCUCAUUGCCCUUGCCGUAUUCAAGUCAUUUUUGCGCGGCAAGAGAUUUAGGAAUAUGAAAGAACUUAGACAGGAAGUUUGAAAUUUUUAAUUAAAAGAGUUGUAUGUGCGCA